AUGAUUCAAUUAAUGUCUCCAACAACUGCAUUGAAGCAUACCAGCCCUCAAUAUUUAUCAUCAUCGGUUUCAUCCAUAGUUGAACAAUCUAGCAAGACCAAUGUAUAUUCAGAAUUGCCUAAAUAUUCCAAAUCUCAAACCAAAUCAACAGUAUAUCAUCAGGUUAGAGAUAAUAGACACCAACAUCAUAGAAAGCUAAGUAAAGUUCAACUAGUAAAUUAUGUUAAAACAAAGAUGUUAAAGCUUCAACAUAAUAAACAAAAGUUCAUUACUAAAUUCAAACAAGAAGUUGCCUUAGGGCAUAAAAAACUUAAACGGGCCGGAUCCACUAAAGUUUCAACUUCUGAUGCAGAGUUUGACUAUUAUGCCGAUAUAGUUACUUUUGUGGAGAAUUUAGAUAUAAAGAAUACUACUUUGUUACAAGUACCAACUAUGGGUUCCAAGCCACUGUAUUCGAUUGUGGAUACAGAAGUUGAUUCAAACUUGAAUUUUGAAGCAUCGAAAUAUUCAACUCCAUUAACUUCACCAUCACCUGAGUUAUCGGUUACAUGUCCACCUGAACCAGUGAAUUCUCCCAUAUUAGAGAAUGAAGAAUCAAUACUACCACCCUAUGAUUACUAUACUUCAACAACCUAUCAAGAUAAACCUAUCAGUAAUCCUGUUCCAACAGCAAUCAAGUACAAAUCCCAAUUGAACCAAUUAUUGUUAUCACAACAGAAUCAACCUCAAUAUGCAAGUCCGAUAAUAUCAAUUCCUCAACCUCCAAUUUCGACCCCUCCCCAACUGUAUUUAAAUCUUAGACGAUAUCUUGCCGUCGAAAAUAGCCAGUUCUUUAAUUAUUACAUGGUUAAGUUCCCCGGCAAUAGUCACAAAUUAUACUCUUAUGAACCUCUUGAAUAUGAACUCGCACAAGUAGAAAAAAUAGCGCAAACCAGUGAUAUAAUCUUUUCGGUCGUAAGACUCUUUAUAGUUUUGGUCCUUCUAAUUAUAGGCAUAGAUGCGUUAGUUAAUUAA